AUGCUUCUCCACAUCCGCCCUCCCGCUUCCGCCCUCCGCUCCUCCCCAGGAGCUCUCUCCUCACGGACUCCAUGUGUCUUCCGUCGAACGCUCUCGUCCUACCUAGUUACCCCCGCCGAGCUCUCCACCGCCCUGAAGAAGAACUCCUCUUCCAAGAUCUCCACCGCGCCGCGCAUCGUGCCCCUCUGCGCGACCUGGUUCCUGCCCAACGACCCUGCCAAGCGCACAGGCUGGAACGAGUUCAAAUCCAUCCGCAUCCCACGCGCCAAGUUCUUCGACAUCGACAAGAUCAGCGACUCGUCGUCCUACCCGCACAUGCUGCCCUCGGCCGACCUGUUCGCGCGCGCGAUGCGCCGGCUGGGCAUCAGACGGGAGGACACGGUCGUGGUCUAUGACAGCAAAGAUCUCGGCAUCUUCAGCGCCCCGAGGGUGGCGUGGACGUUCAAGGUGUAUGGGCACCCGGACGUGCAUAUUCUGAACAACUUCAAGGUCUGGUGUGAUGAUGGUUACCCGACCGAGAGCGGCAUGCUGGAGAAGCUGGAGGCGGUCGACUAUCCUGACCCUGAGCUGGACAAGGACAAAGUGGCCGCUUUCGAAGACGUGCGAGAUGUUGCGCGCCAGCAGAGUGGUGCUUUGUCCCCCCGAUCUGUGCAGAUUCUUGACGCUCGGAGCCGAGGACGGUGGGAGGGAAAGGAGCCAGAACCGCGUCCAGGUCUGCCCUCCGGCCACAUCCCCUCUUCCGUCAGCGUCCCCGUCUCCGAACUCCUGCAUCCGGAAAGGAAGACGUUGCUCCCGCCCGCCGAGUUACAAGCCCUGUUCAAGCAAAAAGGCGUUGACCCCUCAAUACCUACCAUAAGCAGCUGCGGGACUGGUGUCACAGCCGCCGUGAUUGAUGUGGCACUAGCAGAGGCUGGCUUCGCCGAGCGAGGGAGGCGGAUAUAUGAUGGUAGCUGGACAGAGUGGGCUUCGCGGGCUAAGCAGGAUGGGAUGGAGGACGCGCUGAUCGGAAGAGCUUGA